ACCUCCCUCAAAAUGAAUCAGUUAUUCUGCGCUCUCGAAUUAACAAUGACCAUCGCGAACGCACAAAGACUAUAACUCUUAGCUAAGAAUGACAUAUAGUUAAUAUACUGGCAAGUUCGAUGUAUUGGUACUAGCUAACAUCACUCGGGAGCCCCAAGUUUGACUUUUUAUUUAACUAGGCAAGUCAGUUGAGAACAAAUUCUUACUUACAAUGACGGCCUACCAAAAGACAAAUGCCUCCUGCUGGGAUUUACAAUGUUUUAAAUUAAAAUAUAGGACAAUACAAACUUCACGACAAGAGGGACCUAAAACGACAACAUAACACGGUAGCAACACAAAACAGGGUACAAACAUUGUUGGGCACAGACAACAGCACAAUGGGCAAGAAGGUAGAGACAACAAUAGUACUGCUUUAAUGAUAUGCUGCGGUUCGUAAGGAUAGCGUAGCUAACACGUCAGCCAACGUAAUAUAUUUGAAAAGUCAAUGCUUUAUUACAUUGCUCAACCUUUCUUAACAUUUGUCAUAAUUGUCAGCAAUGAAAUUGUAUCCGAUAUCGUCGGACUUCGGCUACAUAUUUUCCACAAUUUUCUUGAAAUCUGAAACCGUUGUGAAGUCGCGCCCUUCUCUGAAGAAUUAGCAUUAUGGCCCUAAAAGCACGUACAUAGUGUGCACUGCUUGAAUAUUUGGCGUAUUUAGUACGAUAUUCAUGAUAUAACCAAUAAGCAUACUACAUACUCAAAUACGUCACAAAUAGUAUGGUUAGUGCAGUUAGUAUAAGUAUUCGAACACAGCUCGCGUUUAGCCUAUCUUCAUACUGUACUGUUCUUGUUGUGGUUUCGUUUUAUCAUUGUUAAAAUCUUCAUAUACAGUCAAUUAUUAAAAUGCAUAAUAUACAAAUAUGAGCUGAUAAGACUAAAUGUAUUUAUCAAAUGCGAAGGAAAAAAAGGCAAGCAUACUGACAUAGUUUAACCCUUCUCUGGUUCCGUACUCUUUACGACAAUUGGGUCAAUCAUACGGCUUUCGUUCUGUUUAUGAUGCAGCAUGAACGCUCCACUUGAAUAAGACAUGUGCUUUUGAAUCGUUCUUUAUUCCCCAGUGAUGUGAAUAGAUUUUGAUUUACUGUAUAUCAAUUUAGAUUCUGAAUGUCGAUUACUCCUUUCACAAUGCACGAGAGACUUCUUCCAGCCUCUCCAAACUGGUACUCUUCGCGAUGCAGUGACACGAAUGACAAGGGUAUAUUGGCGUUUGGAGCUAAAAACACCAUAUAUUUGGUUGACGUUACAGCAUCAUCCUCUACAGUUGUUGGUGAACUGGUUGGCCACAGAGAGAGAGUGUCUGGCUUCUCAUUCUGCCAGCAUCCCGGCCAAAGCCAUAAUUGUGCCAGUACUUCUGAUGAUGGGACUGUUAAAUUCUGGGACACAAAUGAGAAGGUCCUGGUAAAGGAGCAUAAAACUCACCAGAACACCAUCACAGCCCUCCACUGGUCCCCUGGGGAAAAGAACCUUGUGGUGUCAGGGGAUGAGAAGGGCAUUGUGGUCUGCUACCAGUACAACACUGGUGAAUCUCAAAGCUUCUUCCCCGAACCAAGGAAUAUCUUCUGCCUGUCCUGCUCCCCUCACAACUGGCACUAUGUUGCUGUGGGGUACAAAGAUGGCAUGAUUGUGCUGAUUGACGUCAGUAAGAAAGGUGAGGUGGUGCAUCGUCUCCGUGGCCAUGACGACGAGAUCCACGCCCUGGCCUGGGCUCCACUACCCAAUGAGGAGGUGCUUUACAGCAGAGUAGACGACAACACAGGUGAAACGACCAAUGGGAUGACCGAGGGCAAAGAAAAGGGAUGUUAUCUUGCAUCUGGGAGCAAGGACCAGACCAUAAGAAUCUGGAGCACGCUGAAGGGCAAAGGUGUGAUGACCAUGAAGCUACCGUUCCUGAAGAGACGAGGGACAGGGGUGGAUCCUGCGGUCAAGGAGAGACUCUGGCUCACUGUGCACUGGCCCAAGGGGAAGCCAACGCAAGUCGUGUCAAGCUGCUUUGGGGGUGAGCUGAUCUUGUGGGACCUCACCAAGGGAGGCAAGCAGAAGUGGAGCCUGUUAGGAGCAUCCUCAGAGGGCCAGAACCACAGCAGGAUUGUGUUCAACAUGAGCUCAGUGUGUGUUCAGGACAACAGAGAGCUCCUGCUCAGCACCUCAAUGGACAGAGAGAUAAAAUGCUGGGAUCUGUCGUCGUUGGACUGCUGCUGGACCCUUCCCACCCUGGGGGGGUUUGUGUACACCCUGGCCUUCUCUCCUGUGGGUACGGGCUGCUUGGCCCUGGGGGUGGGAGACGGCAUGAUCCGCGUUUGGAGCACCCUCUCAAUCCAGAACAAGUACGACACCAAGACCUUCUGGCAGGGCAUCAAGUCCAAAGUCACAGCGUUGUCCUGGCAUCCAACAAAAGAAGGAUCCUUAGCUUUUGGAACCGAUGACGGCAAAGUUGGCAUUUACGAUGCUUUCUCUAACAAGCCGCCUCAGGUAUCCAGCACUUAUCACAAAAAGACUGUGUACACAUUAGCCUGGGGACCCCCAGUCCCUCCUCUGUCAUUUGGUGGAACAGGAGACCGUCUGUCCUACAGCCUGUAUAGCUGUGCUGGAGAGGGCAUCAUCCUACAGCAUGACCCCUGGAAACUGGCGGGAGAGGCCACAGACAUUGACAGGGUCAUCAAGGACACCAACAGCAUCAAGCACAAGCUGUCACCCCACACAGAUCUCAGCUGGAAACCAGAUGGUAAAGUCGUGGCCAUCGGCAAUGAGGACGGGUCUGUAGAGGUAUACCAGGCUCUGACUCUCAAGCUGCUGUGUACCAUCCAGCAGCACCAUAAGAUCAUCAACGUGCUGCGCUGGCACCAUGACCACAGUUCCCUGCCCGAGCUGCAGUACCUCCUGGCCUCUGGGUCCAGCAACGCCUUGGUCUAUGUCCACGACCUCCGCACUGUCAUAGAGACUCCUCCAGAGAUUCCCGUUGUGAUGAGCGAGGCGUAUCGGAGCCUGGCGGGUCACACAGCCAAGAUCACUGGCCUGGCCUGGAGUCCCCACCACGAUGGGAGACUGGUCACUGUCUGUUACGACGGUACAGCACAGGUGUGGGACGUGCAGAAGGAGGAGGGGCUGUGCAACUACAGGGGUCACAGGGGCCGGCUGCUGUGUGUCCAGUGGUCUCCUGUGGACCCGGACCUGGUCUGGACGGGAGCAGAUGACUUCACUGUGCAGGAGUGGGCUGUGUCCAAGCAGGAAUUCACCAAGCCCCCCAAAACGAAAAAGACACUUGACCAAGUUAAGGCCAAGUUAAAGGCCAAGAAGAAGAAGAAGGCAACUGGGAAAGGAGGAGCAAAGGCGGAGGAGAGCUUGUCUCUAAUUGGAGAGGGGAAUAAAGGAGGGGCGUCCCCGGCACCAGGAGAAAGACCAUCUGACAACGAGGAGGAGGAGGAGGAGGAGGGGAGCGAGACCACUAGCAUCUCCUCAGUGACAGUCUCUUCAUCCAGUAAUCAGAUGGACAGACCUGUGAUGGAGAAAGUACAAAAUGGAGGGAAAUCCUUACUCACUGUAAAGAAAGAAAUUAAAAAAGUGGAGAAAACAGAGGUGACUCUGAAGAAGAGGAAACCUCGCUCCAUGCUGCCCCUCAGUACCUCCAUGGACCACCGCCCCAGAGAAGACCUCCAGCAGGACUGUCUCAACCUGGCAACAGUCAGGCACUCUGAGGCCUCUCCAGCCCACUGUGUCCCAGGCCUGGGAGAUCACAUCCAACUGGGUCUGUUCGCAGACAGAGAUGCCCUCUAUAGGAUGUUCCAAGAGGAGGAGGAGGGCCAUGUGGAGGCAGGUCACUAUGAGUCUGCGGUGUACCUGAGACUAUGGAAAGGUGACAUCGCUGGAGCUCUGCAGGUGGCCACUGAGAAAGGAGAGCUGAGUGAUCACCUGCUCUCAGUUGCACCUAUGGCUGGUUACCAGGUGUGGCUGAAGACCGUGGAGGUCUAUGUGAAGCAGCUGUGUCUUCAGGAGCAGUUCCUCAAGGCUGCCUCCCAUCUUCUCUCCAUCAACAAGGUCUACGAGGCCAUCGACCUCCUCAAGUCCCACCAGCUCUACAGGGAGGCCAUAGCCUUGGCCAAGGCUAGGCUGCAGCCAGAUGACCCUGUGCUCAAGAAGCUCUACACCACCUGGGCAGCUGUGCUGGAGAAAGACGGCCACUUGUCUACUGCUGCUAAAUGUUAUCUCGCCGUGGACUCCAGCUUCGACGCAGCCAAAGUCAUCGCCAAGAAAAACGACCCUGUCUCACUGAAGACGGCCGCUAGUCUGGCGAGGAUCGCUGGCGAAAGCGACUUGUCCUAUUCACUCUCCCUGAGAUGUGCAAAAGACCUGGCGUCCUCUCAGGAUUGGCUGGGAGCACAGCAACUCCUCAGCACACAUGAGAGCCUAUUGGCCCACCGGUUACAUUACUGCACUAUUGAGCUGCUCACUGUGAGUCUAACAGGGACCGACAUAGUGACUUGGACCUGUUCCUCCAUCCAUCCCUGGUCUGCUCCCUGUAAGAAUCAAGAUGGCUUCCUGGCUACCCUGAGGGCUGUGUGGGAGAGAGGGUUUGCUGUCUCCCCCAGCAACCCAGAGAUACUCAAAGAUCUUCACCAACAACUGAAGGCUAUAGAGAAUCCUCAGACAACACCUAACGUUCCUAUGAAACAGCUUCUGAUCCAGCUGUCCCUUGACCUGACCCUGGGUGCAGUGAGCUGGUUGCUAGGUGACUGGGGGGCGGCCCUAGAGAAGCUGUUGCAGGGCGUGUCCAGAGGGAAUGAGGCGGGUCACUUCUUGCUGAUGUCAGAGACGUGUAGGCUGCUGUUUCCUCAAGGUAUCGACUCCAUCUCAGAACACAAAAAGAUGGUGGACCCCUCGGAUGAGAAGGCCUUGGCUGCAGCUCGGAGCCUGGAGGCGUUUGUGUGUUACCAGGACCUCUACCACAUGUGGUGGAGCCUCAGCACUAACACAGCAGGAGCUCAGAGAGACACGACUAAUGGACUGCACUCAGCCAGCGAGAACCACAUCAAUGGAUUAGACGGCCACGUUACUGACACUCCAAAUGGAGAUGGGAUGGGAUGGUGUGUGAGCGCUCAGAAUGGAGACGUGAAGAUGGGAGUGUGUGUGAACGCUUGCCAGGUGCUGCUGUCUGAGCCCCACGCAACCUGCCAGGCCACACAGAGGGCUAUAGCAAAGAUCCAGCAGAGACUGGCCUCCAUGGUGCACCAGCACAGCCAAACCCAGGAGACUAAAGCCAGCCAUGGGGAGGGACAGACUGAAAAGCCCACCUCGGCCCAGGGCUCCACUCCAACAGACAGCCAAGAGUCCACUGAUGCAGGACAAGGAGCUGACACUGAAUCUCUACCCUGCUUGAUUGCCAUGGUUUCUGAGCACCACAAAGAGUUGGCUGACAUCCCAGAACAUGUCAAAAAAUAUCCAUACCCAGAUGUUCUGGAGUGCUGCUUAGUUCUGCUCUAUUUGAGUAAGAGUUCCGAUCUUGUUCCUGAUCACCUAAAGAAUGAAGCAGUGGCCUUGAUCCGCAAGUAUGGAGCUUCCUCUCUCCGCAAAGCCGCCCAGCGAUUCCUAUCUUAAUGGUUAUUUUUCUUCAGUCUGAACAAAGUCAAUGUAAAAUGCACAUCAAUAAACAUUUUCACUAA